AUGGAGGGGGCGGAGGUGGAAGCGCGGGAGGGGGCCUCAGUGGCCCGGGACCUGCUGGCCUUGGGGUAUGAGGGCUUCUCGGGGGCGCCGUCGCUGGGCCCCUCGUGUCCAGACUUCAGGGCGCUGUGCGCGCGGCUGGCGGCGGAGCUGGCGUCUCUGGGCGCCCUGGAGCGGGAGGGAGGACAGAGCGCGGAGGCGCUGAGGGCCGGCGACGGCCCCGACGCGGAGGAGGAGUUCCUGCGACAGUUAGCGGGCAUGCUGCAGGAGUUGCACUGCCCGGACCGCGCGCUCUGCGGCGGAGAGGGCGCGGCGGCGCUGCGGGAUCCCGGCGCGUGCCUGCGCCUGCUGAGCUUUCUCUGCUCGGAGCUGCAGGCUGCCCGCCUCCUCUGUCUGUAUCGCCGGCUGGAUCCCGGCCCCGCACCGCCCUGUGGGGAGGGGGCAGAGGAGGGAGCUGGCAUGGUUCAGGAACUGGUCCUUACCCUCCGAGCUUUAGGGCUGCCCAGGCCGAAGCCUGGGACCGCCGCCAGCCGGCUGCUGUGGGAGUUACAUGACAAGAUCUCUGAGCUGCUGCCUUCCCUGCCCCCAGGGUUCCUGCAGCCCCUCCUUAGCUUCCCCCUGGACGCACCCAGAUGGGAGGCACUGGAGUCUCUGUGCCAAAGGCUGGGAGACCAGUACUGCUGUCGCCGCUGCCUGCUCCUGAAACGCCUGGACCUCACAACAUCGUCUUUCCACUGGAGUGAUCGGGCAGAGGCCCAAGGAGAAGCCAUGAAGGCAGUGCUGAUCCCAAUUCGAGAGGCUCUGACCCCAGAAUCAGAUGUCUCCAUCGCACACGUCCUGGCUGCCCGCGCAGACCUGUCUCGUCUUGUCCCAGCCACCAGCAAGGCUGCCCGCCAAGGGACCUGCUGUGCCAUCAACAAGGUGCUUAUGGGCAACGUGCCAGACCGGGGGGGCCGUCCAAAUGAGCUGGAGGCUCCCAUGCCCAGCUGGCAGAGCAGAAGAGAGGACGGAGGUGGGCGAAAGGCAGGCCACCAGAACUGGGGUCGCAAGAAGAAGAAGAAAUAAAGGGGGACUGGUGGUUGGGUGGGGGGAUCCUUUGUGACAUGCCAUUGGUAAUCCUUGGGAGUUACUUUGAGUUUUUCUUGGCAUCUGACUCCCAGGCUCCACAUCUCUUGCUCCUAAGGUCCCACAUGUCCUCCCCACAUCCCCCACCCCACAACAUGGACCGUGUUCUCUGGAAAAUAAAUUUAAUUGAUGACA